AUGGAGCUUAGCUUGGAUUUGAGUUUGGUUUAUGUACCAAAAACAAUAAGUGAAUGUCUUAAAGAGGUUUCAAUGGUUAAAGAUAGUCGCCAAAAGUUACCAAAGCUUGAUGAUUAUGUCAAGAGAUUAGAAGAUGAAAGGAGAAAGAUUGAUGCUUUUAAAAGGGAACUCCCUCUUUGCAUGCUUCUCUUGAAUGAAGCUAUUGUGAGAUUAAAGGAGGAGGCAAUGCAGUGCCAAGAAUCGAAUGAUUUGGCACCAUUGAAAGGGAAUUCUAAUGAAGAUGGAAAUGAUAAAAAGAACUGGAUGAGCUCUGUCCAGCUUUGGAACAAUAACAAUAACAUCAACCUGGAUCGCUCAGAGCAGGACUCAAAAUCAGAACCAAAACAGAAAAGUGAAGAAGAUGAUGAUAGGUCUACUUGUGAGAACCCGAUUCAGUUAGGUAAUCAUAGCAACAAGGGAGGGGCUUUUGUGCCUUUCAAGGCACUUUCUAGUUUCGAAGAGAGUAAGAGGAUGGAAGAGAAGGAGGUUGUUUCACAAGCUACAGGACUUUCUCUUAUGACUUCAGCACCUGAAUUGAGUUCCUGCAAUUUGAUACCAAAGAGCAACAAUUGUAGCAAUCAAAUGAAGGUACAGAGUAAAUCACAACAGCAGGCUUACAGGAAGCAGCGACGGUGCUGGUCACCGGAGCUUCACCGGCGCUUUGUUGAUGCCCUUCAACAACUUGGGGGAUAUCAAGUGGCCACUCCUAAACAGAUCAGAGAGCUCAUGCAAGUGGAUGGCCUCACAAAUGAUGAAGUUAAAAGUCACUUGCAAAAAUACAGGCUUCAUCUCCGUAAAGUCCCGGCAUCUUCAGCUACCCCAGCAAAUGACUUAUGGAAUUCUCAAGAUCAAUGCAAGGACCCUUUCACGUGUAACGUUUCACAGUCUAAUUCUCCGAAAGGACCCCUCUGUGCAAGUGGUUCUGCCAAAGCUACCUCUAAUACUGGAGGAGAUAGCAUGGAAGCAGAAGAUGAUGACAAAUCCGAGAGUCAUAGUUGGAAUGGUGUACUUCACAAUCCAGGAGAAGUUCAUGUAUAG